CCUGGCUGAGUAAAAGUUGCGUCGGGAUUUUCUAGCGCGUUUCUGCGGAUAGUUCUCACCAUUAUGGCCAACAAGGGACAGCAUCCUCCAUACCUCCACCUGGCGGAACUCACCGCCUCCCAGUUUCUGGACAUUUGGAAUCACUUCGACACGGACGGUAAUGGCUACAUCGAGGGCAAGGAGCUGGAGAACUUCUUCAGAGAACUGGAGAGUGCACGGAGAGGAGCUGGUGUGGACCCAACAAACGUCUCCUUCAGAGAGAAGAUGAAAGAGUUCAUGCAGAAGUUUGACAAGAACAAAGAUGGCCGAAUCGAGAUGUCAGAGUUGGCCCAGAUCCUGCCCACAGAGGAGAACUUCCUGUUGUGCUUCAGACAGUUUGUGGGCUCCAGCGCUGAGUUCAUGGCUGCUUGGCGGAGAUAUGAUACAGAUCGCAGUGGCUACAUUGAAGCAAAUGAACUCAAGGGCUUCCUGUCAGACCUGCUGAAGAAGGCAAACAGACACUACGACGACCAGAAACUGCAUGAGUACACACAGACAAUACUCAAGAUGUUUGAUCUGAAUGGAGAUGGGAAGCUCGGUCUCUCUGAGAUGGCAAGGCUUCUACCCGUCCAAGAAAACUUCUUACUGAAGUUCCAGAGCAUCAAGUUGAACUCUGAGGAAUUCAAUGCUAUCUUCACAUAUUACGACAAGGAUGGCAAUGGGUACAUCGACGAGCACGAGUUGGAUGCUCUGCUGAAAGACCUCUACGAGAAGAACAAAAAGGAGGUGGACACUAAGAACCUGACCGGCUACAAGAAGAGCAUCAUGGCCUUGUCUGACGGGGGCAAGCUGUACCGCUCUGAGCUGGAGAUCGUGCUGUGCCGGGAGCCAAUGCUGUGAGCCCCCCCCCCCCCCCCCCCCGUCCGGACCCGGGCCGGUUCAGCCCGCUCCACUUCCUCUUCAUGACGAUCCCAUGACCUUUAACCUCUGCCCCUGUCCGACAUGACUGUCCUCUCACCCCCUCCCCACUACCAGCUGCCUGAUGACCGUAACCAUGUGCAUGAUCUGGGCACCUCCCCUCCUCUCUCUUCAUGAGUUUUGAAUGAAUGUGCACAGAGGCGCACAAAAAAAGCAAAUCCUCUCCCCCCCCCGCCCUGCUCUCCGCCCCUACCAUCACCUUCCCUUCACCACUACAGAUGCAGAACUGACCCGGCUAUGACUGUGCCCAUACGUUCAGUUUUUCAAAUUAUAACGAAUGAAUCUUACCGCUCAAAAGAGUCCCAGCAGGUGUAAUGUUUUGGAGAGGGGAUGUAAUUGCAAGAUUAUGAUGAUUAUGAUUG